GGGGCGGGAAGCAUGUCGGAGGUGCUGCCGUACAGCGAGGAGAAGAUCGGGCCCUACGGCGACGGCGCGGACGUGGGGCAGCUCUCCUUCACCUGCCGCCUGCAGGACACCAACAACUUCUACGCGGGGGGGCCGAGCAAGCGGCCCCCCAAGCUGGGGCAGAUCGGGCGGAGCAAGUGCGUUGUCAUUGAAGAUGACAGAAUUGAGGAUGUCCUCAAAAACAUUUCGGAAAAACCGCCUCCAGGAGUUUAAAUCACUUCAAAGAGACACUGAGUAAAAAGAGGGGAGAGAGAAAUAAUUUAUCCUUUAACACAUUUGUGGGCAAAAAAAAAAAAAUAAUAAUAAUAAGAAAAAAAAAGGAAAAACUGGAAAACAAAAUGCACUUUGAAGUUCUUCAUUGGCAGCCUGCAAUCUACUUUGCAAAAACCCACAAAUCGUAUCUUAAAGAGCAGGCUGAGGGAGAAGAAGAGAGGCAAAAAGGUGGUUUUAACUGUGAGCAAAAAAUAAAAUCAUCCCCAAACUAGAGGCACCACAUUUUUAAAAAAUCAUACUAAUUUGAAAUGUUCCCGUAAGAUGUCAUCAGUCUAACUUACGGCUGGUGCCUUUUCCCCUGGACAAUAAUGUGCAGUUUUCAAUCUGGAUUUUUAAAAGUUCUUUAAUGAACUGAGCAGCAGGUAAAAUUACAACUGUAUUUUCUCACCCCAGCAAGCAUUGCUGGAUCUCGUUGUUUUGCAUAAACACUUGUUUACAUGGUUAAACCUUGCAAAAACAAUUCAUAUAAUAUGAUCUGCAUUUCCACUUUUUUUUUUAAGUCUGUAUUCUUGGAUGUUGGGGAGAGCGGGAAAAGAAUGAUCUAUAAUUGUAAUUAUAAAUAAAUAUAUAUAUUUAAUUCUAGUUACCUUUUAAAAUCUCAGCAGAAUGUAUGGAAUCAAAACUUUUCUAAGGAAAGGAUUAUAUGGAUGAAGGAUUCUCUUGGUUUUAUUAUGAUUAAUAUUAGUAUUUUCGAAAAAAUAAAUCGUAAAGCUGUUGCAGCAUGCAGUUGCUCUCAAGUAAACAGAGAAAUUUAAUUUUAUAUGUGAAAUGGGAGAAAACUGAAAUACACGCAUCGCUUUUUCUAAUGAUCACUAGCAAGCAGACUGCACUGUGGGAAACAUCUGCUUUCUUUUUUACAAUAUCGUGACAGUUUAUUCUUUUUCACAGAGUGUAAUUCAAUAAGUAAAAAGACAAAAAAUAGCCACCACACCCCUUUCAUAGGAGUGCCAAAUACCUUGAAAUGCUAGGAAGCAUUUUUUCUUUUCUGUUUCUUUCUUAGUGAUCUUGAGUCCAUGUAAAGUUGCAUUUUUGUACCUGAACAAUUACCUUCUUUUAAGACUCUUUACUGACAUAUACCUGUAUUGAUAUGUAAACAUAUAUCUAUUGAUGGUCGACCUUUGGAAUCUUCUGAAGUUUGUUUCUUCGGUCCUCUUCUUGUUCUGGACCCAGUUUGAUUUUUUGUUUUGAUUUGUUUUUUGCACGAUGCACAACAGAGCAAAUGAAUUUUCUUUUUGCCUUUCUCUUUGCAUAAACUUUGGAAUGACCUUACAUCGCCAGUCUGUUUUCUUUUCCUUAUGCAUAUUCUGUAUGUUGCACUCUAAUUCCUCUACGCAGGGCUAUUUCUGCAAUGUAUAAUAAAAAGAACAGAAAAGA